AUGUGCCAUCGCAGAAUUAGCUCUACCAGAUUUGUCUGUGGACACGACGCUCCCCACGGCGAUCUGCGGAUCGACUGUGGGUCCAGCAAGUGCAGAUAUAGCUCGCACCACUACCCUAUCAAUCACGAGUGCAGAAAGAGCUGCCGACAGUGGUUGGUUAACUGUCCUUGCUAG